AUGAAUUCGCUUCUUCUACUUUUCGUGUUUCCGAUUUUGGCGAGCGCCGGACAUGACACCGAUUGGCAUUUCAUCAAAUGGAUGGAGAAGCAUUUGAAACCAAACGAGGUGAAAGAAAUCCUGCGAAACGAACUGCGAACUGGCAGUUUUGGAGGUGGUCCGUAUUCGGGAGAUGUGCGGCCAGUUAUUUUGGUGCACGGAUUGAACAAUGAAGCUGGAAAUUUCUGGAAAAUACGAGCCGAUUUUGUAGGAAAUGGUUUCCCGAAAAAUCGAAUUUUCGCAACCACUUGGGGAAAAGGUCUCAGACAGAUCGAUUUCGACGUGAAAAUGUCAUGCAAUUAUGUGCAACAUAUUCGAAAAUUUAUUGAAACUGUCAUCCAGUACACGGGGGCUCCUCAAGUCGACAUCAUCGCCUAUUCAAUGGGAUCUCCGAUUGCGCGAAAAGCGAUUCUCGGCGGUCCGUGUGUCGAUAGACCAUCGACAAAUAUCGGAGCUCGAAUCACUGAUCGCAUCCACACAUUUAUUUCGGUCGCCGGUGCAAAUCAAGGGUCUCAUUUGUGUAUACUUCCAUUCUUCGGCAUAUGCAAUCUGAACACGGGCCUCACUUGCAAUUCAAACUUUUUGAAGAACAUCAAUGGCCAUAAGAAAUACGAAGCAUCGUACAAAAUCCAUAAUAUCGCUUCAACCGCUGACAUGAUUGUCGGUUACUUCGCUUGUGGAACUCGAGCUUCUUAUUUUGCGGGAGCCAUCGAGCACAAGCUCGACGGUUUGAAUCACGAGCAGGUCGAGUAUAACACGGCGAAACUGCAGCUUUCACUUCUACGCGAAGAAGGCGGAGUCUCGACAAAAAUUCCGCCAAACUCGCGCGAAAUCGCCAAGAAAAAUCCUUCAUCGAAAUCGGAUCCGUUCAAUGAUGUCAGACGCUAUUUGAGAAUGCCUCGACGACGACGACAUUAA